AUGGACAAAGGGGUUUUUUGGAUGCCGAAAAGCAGUGGACAUGCGAAUGGUGUAGAUACGGUUCUUGAUAAUAGCCCGUCUAAGAUGGAACCUAAACGAGCCCGUCACUGGUUUUUAGACCCCUCUGAAGCCGAUUUGUUUCCUAGCAAAAAGCAGGCCCUGCAAGCUUCAAACGCAAAGCUCGAGCCAGAUAUCAUGAUACCGGUUUCUCUUCCUUGGGAAAGCAGCUCCGGGUUCCCUCCCGGGCCCGUCACCCAAUUCAUGGACCGGCUUUUUGGAUCCGAGACAAUCGAUAGCAGUAUGCAACCCGUUGCUGGGGCAGAUUGCUCGUCGAACGUAAGGACAAAAGCAGAGGGUGAACAUUUUGAGAACGAUGUUGAUGGUUUAUCGAUCUCGUAUCCCUUGGUGGACCCCACGGUGACUUAUGGCAGCCUUAGAAAGGUCAAAGUCAGUCAAGUGAAUGAUGCAUCUCUUGACCAUGGUUAUCACGGGACAAGCGAGAGCGCGUUUGACGUUUAUUGUAAGGAAGGUGAGAAUAUGGCGUUGAUUGGUGGCCUUUCAUAUGAAAUUGGGGAAGAAGCGAAUGUCAGGUCGGUGGGGCCCACUUUCGGGAAUAAGGGGGACAUUAACGGUUUAUCUUUUGGCGGCUAUCAAGACGAGUCUGUAAUCGAAGCUCUGGCCAAGCCUGUUGUUGGUAGCUAUAGCUUGUUGUACGAACAACAAUCUUCUGCUCAGACUUUGGAAGUAGUGCCCAGCAAGAAGGAAGUGGAUGUGCCGAAUUUUGAUGCUUCUUUGAGCAUUUCUCGUGCGCCAAAAUCCAAAGUUGAGUCGACAUCUAAGAAUAAAUCGGAAACAAAAUCCGCCAGGAAAGAAGCACCAAACAGUUUCCCGUCUAACGUUAGGAGCUUGAUAGCAACAGGUAUUCUGGAUGGGGUUCCGAUUAAAUAUGUGUCUGUGUCACGGGAGGAGCUUCGAGGGAUUAUCAAAGGUUCGGGCUACCUCUGUGGGUGUGAGUCUUGUAAUUACUCUAAGGCACUUAAUGCUUAUGAAUUUGAGCGUCAUGCGGGUUGCAAGACAAAGCACCCGAACAACCACAUUUACUUUGAGAAUGGCAAGACUAUAUAUCAGAUAGUUCAGGAGUUGAGAAGUACCCCAGAGAGUAUGUUAUUUGAUGCCAUACUGAAUGUAACUGGGUCUCCUAUCAACCAGAAUGCCUUCCGCAUUUGGAAAGAAUCAUUUCAAGCUGCAACUCGUGAGCUUCGGCGUAUUUAUGGGAAGGAAGAGCUCAACCUAUGA